GUUUUUGUUCUUGAUCCUGUGCCACUGAGAUAUAACAAAGAAGAAGAAGAAAAAGUUAACCUUUUUCUUAGCUGAAUGCUUGGCCAUUCCCAGUGAGAAGUAGCUGAUUGUGCAACUACCGGUGAGGUUUGGUGCUGCUUGCAGCUACAAAUAAGUCUUUUCCAUUAAGUGGGGUAGUUCAUUUUAUUGCUGGAUCAGUAUAAGGAUUCGAAUAAUUUUAUAUUCUAUAGGUUGGUUUGGAUCCGUUGUUGGAAUGGGCAUGAAUGCCAAGUGUGCUCGAAUUUGAAUGCCAAUCUGUUGGAAAUUCCAGUGUUUACUGAGGAAGAGGGACCCAAGAUUGCAUAGGUGUUAUUAGUGUGAAAUCAUUGAACUGUGCUGAAAUGGCUUCGAGGGUAGAGAGUGAUGAAGAUGGCGAUAACAAAGGUAGUAUGUGGGAUUUGGAUCAGAAGCUUGACCAGCCUAUGGAUGAAGAGGCAGGAAGGCUCAAGAACAUGUACAGAGAAAAAAAAUUUUCUGCAGUGCUGCUUCUGCGGCUUGCAUUCCAGAGUCUUGGUGUGGUAUAUGGGGAUUUGGGCACUUCGCCCUUGUAUGUUUUCUACAACACAUUUCCUCAUGGAGUGAAAGAUCCAGAAGAUGUAAUCGGAGCUCUUUCCUUGAUUAUCUACUCUCUUACUUUGGUGCCGCUCCUCAAAUAUGUCUUUGUUGUAUUAAGAGCAAACGACAAUGGCCAAGGGGGAACAUUUGCGCUUUAUUCCUUGCUUUGCCGGCAUGCCAAGAUUAAAACCAUUCCAAACCAGCAUCGCACCGAUGAAGAGCUUACAACGUAUAGUCGGUCAACCUUCCAGGAAAAGUCAUUUGCUGCAAAAACUAAGAGAUGGUUAGAGGAACAGGCAACUAGGAGGAGUGCCAUUCUUAUUCUUGUCCUUGUUGGCACCUGCAUGGUGAUUGGAGAUGGGAUUCUGACCCCAGCUAUAUCCGUUUUGUCAGCAGCUGGUGGCAUCAAGGUAAAUAAGCCACAUAUGAGUAAUGGUGUGGUUGUCCUGGUUGCUGUCGUAAUAUUGGUCGGGUUUUUCAGCAUGCAACAUUAUGGUACAGAUAGAGUUAGUUGGCUCUUUGCUCCAAUUGUCCUCCUUUGGUUUCUCCUAAUUGGAGGCAUAGGUAUAUUUAACAUCUGGAAACAUGGAAGCAGUGUUCUAAAAGCAUUCUCGCCGGUGUAUAUAUAUCGCUAUUUCAAAAGAGGAGGACAGGAAGGCUGGACUUCCCUCGGUGGUAUCAUGCUCAGUAUAACAGGGACGGAGGCUCUUUUUGCCGACUUAGCUCAUUUUCCAGUCUCAGCUGUACAGCUUGCAUUUACAUUAAUUGUGUUUCCUUGCCUUCUUUUAGCCUAUUCCGGUCAAGCUGCUUACCUUAUGAAUAACUUGGAUCAUUCGCAAGAUGUUUUCUAUCGUUCUAUUCCAGAUAGAAUAUACUGGCCAGUGUUUGUCGUUGCAACCGCAGCGGCUAUAGUUGCAAGCCAGGCCACAAUAACAGCAACCUUUUCAAUUAUUAAGCAAGCUCUUGCUCAUGGAUGUUUCCCAAGAGUUAAAGUUGUAUAUACAUCAAAGACAUUCCUUGGCCAGAUAUAUAUUCCGGACAUCAAUUGGAUCCUUAUGAUUCUUUGCAUUUCUGUUACUGCUGGGUUUGAAAAUCAAAACCAGAUUGGUAAUGCAUAUGGUACUGCAGUGGUGAUAGUCAUGCUGGUUACAACAUUCCUUAUGAUUAUGAUCAUGAUAUUAGUGUGGCGCUGCCAUUGGAUUCUUGUUCUCAUCUUCACCGGCUUAUCAUUAAUUGUCGAAUGCACAUAUUUUUCCUCUGUACUCUUCAAAAUUGAUCAAGGUGGAUGGGUUCCCUUGGUAAUUGCCGGAGCAUUUCUUGUUAUCAUGUAUGUUUGGCACUAUGGCACGGUGAAGCGCUAUGAGUUUGAAAUGCAUAGUAAGGUCUCAAUGGCAUGGAUUCUAGGCCUUGGCCCUAGUUUGGGGCUGGUUCGAGUCCCGGGAAUUGGACUAGUCUACACAGAGCUUGCAAGUGGAGUACCCCACAUCUUUUCUCAUUUCAUCACCAACCUCCCAGCAAUCCAUUCAGUUGUAGUUUUCGUAUGCGUCAAGUAUCUUCCUGUCUACACAGUCCCAGAAGAAGAGAGAUUCCUUGUCAAGAGGAUUGGACCUAAGAAUUUCCGCAUGUUUCGAUGUGUGGCAAGAUAUGGAUACAAAGACCUGCAUAAGAAAGAUGAGAGUUUUGAGAAAAAGCUCUUUGAUAACCUUUUCAUGUUUGUUCGGCUCGAAUCUAUGAUGGAAGGGUGUUCGGAUUCGGACGAAUACAGCUUAUGUGGACAGAAAACAGUGCAGUCCAUGGAUGGCAUGUUGAGUAACAAUGGAAACACAAGAACUGCAUCAUCCAAUAUGGAUAUAUCAGUUUCCUCACUAGAUUCAAUAGAACCGGCUAAAUCUCCACCGCAUGUGAAAUCCUCCGGUCAAACAAGCAGCCAGACCGAGGUGGACGAACUCGAGUUCUUGAAUAACAACAGGGAUGCUGGGGUGGUUCACAUACUAGGGAACACUGUGGUGAGGGCAAGGAGAGAUUCAAGGUUCUACAAGAAAAUAGCAGUUGAUUAUAUAUAUGCAUUCCUUAGGAAGAUAUGCAGGGAAAAUAGUGUGAUCUUCAAUGUUCCCCAUGAAAGUCUCUUAAAUGUGGGUCAGAUUUUCUAUGUAUAGCCCCAACAUUGCUUACUGUAUCAUAUCAAGGUAUAACCUAUGAUGCAAUUUUAAAGCAAGUCACUCACUCAGACUUUUUUGUUUUUUUGGGUGGCAAUCAUGUUGAAAUAAGUUGUGUAGUUUCUUUUCAUGAAUUUAGGUUGGUUCUCUUUGAUUU